AACUUCACUCUAUUCCUCCUGCUUCGGUAUUUUGACAUAGGUACUAGAAUCAUCCUCUCUUACAGCGGUUCAUCCAGACUCUAUGCCCUGGUAAUUUUCUGGUAAGGAUAUACAUGCAUAUCUGACUAUGCAUUCCCGGAGACUGGCUAGUGACUAGCACCUGAUCUCCUCACAUGCCUGGCUGCUUCGUGUCAACCGGUUUACGAGUUGCAGAACGAUGCAAAAUGGGACUUCUGCUCGCGUGAGACAUCACGCCUUUCAAGGGGACGUCUACUUCAUGUCACAAUGCACGCUCUCCCAGAACUGGCAGCGCGGAGGGCUCGGAGCUUCUCUUUUGUCGGGCGAAGUCUGAUGAGACUUCUGUCUGUCAUAUAUACCCUCCGCACCCGAGCUUCCUGAUCCCUGCCACCAUCAUGCCCUUCCUCUCAGUCUUUCGGCGGCCAAAGUACAUCUAUGACCGUCUUUCGAACGGUAGCGAUGACAGUCAAGACUCCCCCACUGACGAUAAGGCUCAGAAUGACAAGUUGUCGCGUGAAAAGAGUCCAGAAAGCUCUAUGGUCUUCUACUUGACCCUUUUCUGCGUUCUCUGCACGCUCGCGAACCUUAUCAUUCUUCGUGUUGAAGAGUAUCGCACUCUGCAUCCAGCAGACCUCUCCAACCUCCGUCGACCAACACAGUUCGUCGGUCUUGACAGGGUCAAGCGCCCAUUUCCACCAGAAGAUCGGUCGAUCGUCAAUUUUCCGUUCAUCGUUGGAUUGGUGGACCAGAGUCGUCCACAUAGUAUUGUACUCAAUACUCGUCAGGAUCUCAAGACAGAUAGAGAUAUUCGGCCCCCUGAGGCACGACAGAUACAGGUGACGAAAUUGAUAUCCACUGUGGUCCAGUUCCGCACGUUGGACUGGGGAAUGGAGUCCUGCGUGCUCACUCUCCGACUCCCCUCCGAUGAGAGCUUCGUUAGAAGCAACUCUUCACUAAGCCUGGGUAACGGCUUGAAUGACGUCGACAUAUACCGCCUCGUCUCCAACCCUGGUUCAUCAUCCCUCGACACUGUCAUCAGCCAGCACAAACUCACUUAUCAGAACCGUCCUGCACUAGGCGAGAAGGUGGGCACAGUGACCGCGGACUACGGCACGGAAUGGACACAUCAGUUCCCGUGUGCGAUCGAUUCCCUACAUGCUUUUGCACUGGUCGCUGCGGAUGAUUCUGCCCGAAUCGAGUGGUGGCAGGAUAAGCAGACGUUGGAACCAGCGCUGUUUAUCUCGCAGCACGCGACAAAAUAGGAAUAUAAAGCCCAUGUUCACAGAUGACUUCUUGAAGAAGGUUCGAUGCCGUUGUUUGUACUGUAUGUUCGAUAGUCCAUUUCUGUUACGAUGCUUAGAAUCUCUCCUUAUGAGGCUGCGGCAGGUAACGGACAAACUCAUUCGUUGUUUCAUUACUCUACAAGGAUAGGGUGUCCGUAUUAACAUUUUUACUUAGUGGCGAUCAGACUGUACGGCGCUUUGUAGGCGCUUUAUUGCAGUGCUCAUCUGAAUAAUGUCAACGAUGGUCUUCUCAAAAUGAACUGUCUGUCCGGACGUU